AAUUACCAUCUGGGGACCUCUGGGUCUGAAAGCUUGCGACAUGUUUCAUUUUUCUGGGAAACUAUAGUUUUCAUAAAUAAUCAGGGCCAACAUGGAAAAAAUAUCUCUUUGUCUAAUUGAUUUUAAAUUGAUUUGUCUUUUUGAUGUAUUUCCUUGUAUCUGUUAAGCACUUUGAAUUGCCUUGUCUAUGAAUGGUGCUAUAUAAAUAAACUUGCCUUGCCUAAUGCAUUUACAUGAUUUUUGAAAGUCUAAUUUCAGUCGAUGGCAAUAUAUCGAUCUACAAUGCCAACAGAACUGAUGAUUUUGCCACAGUGUAAACGGGCAGAUGUGUCAGACUCUCUGAAAUUGAUUUGAUAUGUGAGAUCAGAAUAUAAUACUGUUGUUGUUGCAGAUUAUUGAGCAUUGUAUUGGGGUUUUGACAAAUCAGAAUCAAGUAUUUAUCACAGCAUGAUAAUUAUUCAAGCUGUCAAAUGGCUCAAGAUCUGUCUGCUACAAAAGAAAAAUUACUCAUGAAGUGGCACUUGGUUGUUGUUGUGUCUUUAUCAUCCUGACUUGGUUAACACUCUGUAAUAAUAGAGUGUAUUAGGUAUGAAAUCUACCACAGAAUACAUUAUUUUUAGUGUCUGCAUUUUUAGCCUUUUAUUUCAUAACCCUAUUUAUUGCCCCUCAGUAUAUUCAUCAACAUAUUGCCUCAUACUUCACUGCUUCACACUCCAAACUCAUUUCGCCAAAAGCCAAGGCUAUAAUCCAAAGCUUUGUGAGAUAGAUUUGUGUGAAAACCUUUAUCCACACAGUGGCAAGGGCCUCAGGAGGGCAUGUAUAUAUAUUCAUUCCUCCUUAGGUGUAAGGUCUGCAUCACAACAGGAAGCUGGAUCCAAAGUGACAGGAAACUGGGUAUUGUUAUUUUACUCUGAAUAGAAAGUACAGAAAACCAGAAGGAAAAGGAGAGUUAUAUUUAGUUUUUUGUUUGUUUGUUUUUUUCAGAUCAUACCAUAAUUUUUCUGUCAUAAGGUCAAAAUGGUUUUAAAAAUUCUAUUUUUAAAAGGUACAGUAUGGUAAAGUAAUUUUUAUCAUUUGUUUUAGCAUGUCUGAAAUUACACUGUUUAUUAAUUUAUUUUUUUUGUUUUUAAUUUGCUUGUUCACAUGCAGUCAGGUUCUUUCUGCUUCAUUUUCCAGUCUUUUUGGGACUGGGACAUCUUUCAAAAUCCUAGUGUUGCAGAUGUGUAUUUUUUUUGUGUGAUAAUCAUGAAAUGUAGGAAUGUGUGUGUUUAAGUGCAGAAUCUCAUUAAAACAUCGGUGACAUUGAUUUCUCUUCCAGGAAAUAGAGAUUUAAUAGAAAAUAUGUUAUGUAAUGGUAAAUUCUAUGCUUAUCAAGUUGUGGAAGACAAGAUCUGUUGUUUGUUUUUCCCGUCUGGAACAAUGGUAGUCAAAAUCCAUUUCAGAAAGACUGAGACACUAUUAAAACAGAAUAACAUUUUGGCACCUCUUUGGCUGGCUUUCGUGAAAACCGGUGAGCCAAAAAUUCAGGACCGCUUGCAUAGUUUUUGUUUUCUUCUCUUCUGUAUUUGUAAAGGUUACAGGUGCAGAAGCAUUGUAUUUCCUUAUAAUUUGUAUAUGUGAGAUACAACAGAGAGAAUGUGUGUAAUUGCAUAUACUCUUAAGUAACAAGACAAGCUCAUUUGGAAUGAAAAGAAUUGCUCAGGGCAUGAUCAGGCUCCAGCGGCAGACUCAGACACUACAAACACUACAAACAUAUUUUUCUGUUUGUAUAGAGCAUGUUUGUGUUGCUGGAAUAUGGUGCUGAAUGAGAUUGUUGUUAUUUUCAGUUGUUAUGCAGCAGAGAGACCCUUGAGGAAAAGUCUAGAGACCACUGAUGCAUGGUGACAGUCACCCUUUAAACGAUCUCCACUGUUUUUAAUGCUCUCCAUGGGAAUGAGAUCAUGGCAGGCGAGGGAGCAAAAGAACGGAGAAGGAAUCAUGAGGCUCUUCGAAUCCUCCUCCACAUCCUCCUCCAAAUCUACUUCAGUGUUUCGUCUCACUGCAGGAUGUUCUUGCGGAGCCUCCAGACGACUCACUUUCAAGGAUAAACACAGAUGCAACACACAUACACCAACAUUAAUGCUGGCAUCCAUCAAACAGCUUUAGUUGGACUGAAAAUUCCCCAAACUGACAGGUUUCCAGCAGCUGCUAUUUACUUUACAAAUAGAUUUUUUAAAAUCCAAAAUUAGUGAAGUGCAUCUGUGGGCAGAGCUGCAGUCUGCUGCUCAGCUCUCUCUCUGUGACCCCUGACUGGCCGUGUGUGUGUGUAUGUGUGUUUUUGUAGCCCUCCCAACUGGUAAAUAUCCUCUGGCAGCAUACAUGUUACAUAACUAGACCUCCGAAGCAAUUCAAGCCUCUCAGCAACAGGUAUUAUUACGGUCCCCUCUAUGUGCCAGCGCACAACCGUUCCAGAUAACAGUGCAUGAAUAAUGGAACAGAGUGAGGCUGCACCAAAGUACAUCCCAGCCUCAGAGUUGUCGACAUGAGAAAUGUAACACAAAACUCUUGAAUCAGUGUUGCCCCAAAAGCCUUUUCACUUAGAACAACAGGACCUACUAAUUGGUGUCCCUGCAAACCUGAUAAAGUUCUGAUAGAAUAUCCACUGGGCUCCUCUUUCAGCUAUUCCCUGAAAAUAGCUGUCACAGUAAUUCCAUUGUCAUAAAAGCAUUUGAUUGUGUGAUUUAAAACGACUAUAGCGAAAGGUCAGUCUUUUCCUGCAGAUGUAAGCCUAUGGAAGGAGUUCCCAGUCACUACACACUGAAUGUAAUACUUGGAAAAGUAACAGAAAGAAAACAAUCAAGUGAGAGUGUGUGAGAUAAAACACAAUUACCCCUUAGGCCUUGCUGAAAGAAAAACACUUCCCUUUUAGAGGAAUUCUUAAACCCAACUAGAUAAUUCUCCACCUCCCCUCUCACUCUCUCUCUCGCUCUCCCUCCUUUUCUCUCUGUCACGCACACUUGCUGUCUCCCAGUUUUCUCUCCCUCUUCCUCUUCCUCUCUCUCCUUUAAGUUUAAGCUGGGCUGCUCCUCGGAAUGAUGUCACCCCACUCCUGUGCGGACAUGCAUUCCACCAGCAGCAAGCAUCUCUUUCCAAAGCGCAAGAGCAGCUUUACGCACGGCGAUAUGCGAGCAGAAGGGCGACUGUUCUCAUGGCGCACUGGAUUGUAGAAAAUGUGGUGAUAUUUUCGAGACUUUGUUCGCCCGUCGGGACAACCUGGACCACGCACGAUGACCGCCUUGCCUUUGAAGGAGAUACAGUUAUACAGGUGCACUUUCUUAUGUGGGCAUGAUUCUGGUGGUACUGAUCUGGAGCGUUACGCACGACGUACCUCCACGCGUUAGCGAGAAGCAGCUCAGCGCACCGAGUCUCAGCUGUUUUGAAAAAAGAACUGGGUGCGACACAACCAACAUGAUACGAAAAGACAAACUGGUGUCGGAAUGGAUUUAACCCAGUUAAAUCUGUCGGUGGAAAACAUCUCCAACGAUGAUAACGCCACGGACGCACGGUUCGCCUUUCCACACACGGUUUCAGUCACUGCACUUAUUAUUGUGGUUGUGUCUGUGAUCAUUCUGGUGACUAUUGUGGGUAACGUGUUGGUGAUUGUAGCGGUGCUGACCAGUCGGGCUCUACGUCCGCCACAGAACCUUUUCCUCGUCUCUCUGGCAUCAGCGGACAUCCUGGUGGCCACGCUAGUUAUCCCCUUUUCCCUCGCCAAUGAGGUGAUGGGAUACUGGUACUUUGGGAGUACUUGGUGCGCCUUUUAUCUGGCCUUGGAUGUCCUGUUCUGCACCUCAUCCAUCGUGCACCUGUGCGCCAUCAGCCUGGACCGUUACUGGUCCGUGACAAAGGCGGUCAGCUACAAUCUGAAGCGGACACCAAAGCGCAUCAAGUCCAUGAUCGCCAUAGUGUGGAUAAUAUCUGCUGUCAUCUCGUUUCCCCCUCUCCUCAUGACUAAACAUGAUGAGCGGGAGUGCCUGCUGAACGAUGAGACUUGGUACAUCCUCUCCUCCUGCUUGGUGUCCUUCUUCGCUCCAGGUCUUAUUAUGAUUUUGGUUUACUGUAAGAUCUAUAAGGUGGCCAAACAGCGCUCCUCCACUGUGUUCGUGGCUAAAAACGGACUGGAGAGGCAGCCGUCUCAGUCGGAAACCUGCUUCGUCCGGAAACAGGACCGGUUCGAGAUGGAGAGCCCGAGCAGCCAGAGCUCAGGCAGCAACCAGCCGAGGCAAGGGGAGCUGGAUGACAUUGACCUGGAGGAGAGCUGUUGUGCGUCGGACACCAAACCCCGCAAUAAUCGCUUCACAAAGCGGAGAAAGGUGGAGGGGUCAGACUGCUGCCCUCCUCAGAACUGCCGCCUCUCUUGGGCUUCAGCCCGGGCGUUACAGCUUUACCCGGAGCAGCAGAAGAACCAGGCUCGGAGACAACAGCUGGCUGCCGCAAACAAAACUAAAGUAGCACAGAUGCGGGAGAAACGGUUCACUUUCGUGCUGGCGGUGGUGAUGGGGGUGUUUGUGCUCUGCUGGUUCCCCUUUUUCUUCACUUACAGCCUCCGUGCGAUCUGCAGAGACAGUUGUUACAUCCCUGGCGCACUUUUUAACCUCUUCUUUUGGAUCGGUUACUGUAACAGCUCUGUGAACCCCAUAAUAUACACUAUUUUUAACAGAGACUUCAGGAAAGCCUUCAAGAAAAUUAUUUGCAGGACUUCCAAACGCACAUAAAUACAUUUAGGGCUCUCUGGACAAAUGUCUGUUUGGCCUCAUUUUCCCAGCAGUGCUGCCAGGGGAGAAAUGAUAUUAUUAGGACUUAUGUCUUGGCUGACUGUUUUCCCUUACAAAGAUAAUGUUAUUGUAACUACUGUCAAACUGAAAAAAAAACCCUUCAGUGUUAUGUACAAAUACAUCCAGAGUCUAUGAAUAAAAUGUAAAGUUGAGCCAAAAAUAAGACAAAUAUUUUAUUGUUGUAAGUGUUGCAGAUAUGGUUUGAAAUGAAAUUAUUUGAUGCAUUUGUGCAUCUGGAAUAUAAUAUAUAGGUCAGUGUAUAAUUUGUCCUGCAAACUUCUCCCUCUGAACAAGAAAUCCCUGGAUUGGAUCAAUCUUUUAUUCUGUCACAAGCAGGAAGAAAAAGCUCCUUCAGAGAAAAUUGAAUGUAGCUGGAUUCCUGCUGCGGAGGCUGCUUCAAAGUGAGUGUUUUGUGGUGAAAUAUAAAGAAGAUUGAUCCCGUAUCUAUAAGAUAUGAGCUGAGGAAUAAAGAAGCAGGUGUUGCCUGUGGGUGUGCGUCAUAUAGGAAACACUAAAUUGAAUUCUUGGAAUGAUUCAAAGAUAGUUUUAUCAUAACGUGCAGAAUACUGCAUGGCUGAAAUAUUUGGCAUUAUCACAACUUAUUAUUUGUUUUUUCAUGCUGCAGUGAAGCGCUCAGCCACUUCUUAUCAUUGAACCCCCAAACUUACAUAAGAGUCUAAUCUCACAGCCUGACCAAAAACAUUACACCAGCUCUCAGCAGAACAAUGACUGAACCAAGGCCAGCGUGUGCUAAAUCUGCAGGAUAAAUCGGUGUAUUUCAUUUCAACACCUCAAUAAAUAUUUAAACCUUGUGUGAUUACAAUUCUGCUACAUAACUUGGUCUCAGAGUCAUGGGACAGAGAUCAGACUGGGGUUACACUGUCCAGGACACAUAACCCUCAUUGUGUUGAGAAAACCUCCCUUUCAUGUGCCAUUCUGUUGCAAAUUAAAUGUUGGAAUAGUGAGCAAAAAUCCAGUAGCUUUGACUUAACUGUGAAAACCCUGAGCAUGCUAGAGAAGGAUGCGCACAUGUGCCACAAAAAUAAAAUAGUCCUGCCUCCUCGUUCUUAAAAAUAACAUCUCUGGACACAGUUAUCACUGGUGGAUCUGAACUUUCAUCUAGUUUCAAAUCCUCAUGAUUCAUUGAAGGAUCUUUGCAGAAGCCAAGCGUCAGGCUGUAAUCCUCUGCUUUCUAAAGCUACAUCAUCUGUGAAUAUACAAGAAAUUAUGGUUUCAGCCUCUUUCUUAUCUAUAAUGCAUAUACAGGAAGGAAAUAUUAUGGCAAGAUCUAAGUGAUAUAUAUAUGUAUGAACUGCACUUUUCCCAUACAUUAUCAGACUGUGGUCAGUUCAUGAUGCAUUUGGGAUAAAAACUGUGUGUGAAAUGUCAAAGAUAUGAUGAAACAUGUAUGCAAAGCCUGGUGCUUUUCUGGGAAAACAGGGGUUAGGGAAAGGAUGGCUAACCAGCUCUAUAUCAGCUUAUUGUCUCCAUGAGGGGUGCACUAUUUAUAUCCUCUUAGGAAUGUCUUCAAAGAGCUCCUACUGCUUACUGGCCCCUCACCAAAAAUAACUGUCCCGACUGAAGGGUGUCAUGCUGAAAAAGAAUUUCAAAAAAGUUUGAUGAAUUGUGUUUCUGCCCGUCCUGAUGAAAGAACGUUGUUAAAAUAUCAUCAAGGGAAACAAGUGAAGGUGGAUGCUUGCUCCCUUUUCUACCUCUUUCUUUCUUUCUUUCUUUCUUGACAGGCAGCAUCAUUUUAUUCACGAAUAAAAUUAGACAGAAGUAGGGCUCAUCCAAGGAAGAAAACUUUAUCUCCAAGGGAUUCUCAAACUCUUGAAACAAAUGAAAUGUCUGGGCCAAGAUGUGCUCAGAAGAGACAGCAAAAUGAGCUUUGCAUCUUUGUUUUCAUCUUGAAGACUUACUAGGGUGGAAGUGAUGUUAAUUGGGAUUUGUAUACUGUAAUGGGAUGUUGCUGCGUUACAUGUAACUUAAUUUCUCUUGAGAGCACAGCCAUCACUCUUAAUACUUGUUGCAUUGUCAGAUGAGGAAAUAUUUACAUAAACACUCCUGUAAUUUUCUUCCCCAUAGUAAACUGAUUAAUAUCCAACAAGACAAGCUAGUCCCAUGUUAAAUCUCACUUCCCAAUUCAAUUAUCUUUUUAAUCAACUGCUCCACAUGCAGCCACAGUGGAGCGCAGUACUUUUAGUUUUCUGUAACACACCUCAGCUGUGUGAUGUCUUUUGUUUCAUGAGGCAGGUGGAUUUGUCGACUGUAAUGAGGUUUUGAUUGGAACAACUGUAUAUUUUUUCAAUCAUUACAUAAGGCAGCUAUUCGGAGACCUUUUUUUUUAAACCAUAAACUGAAGGCACAGUAUCCCUGUGAGGGAAGUUAACCACACGUCACUGUUUCUUCUACAGAUUGUAGACACACGUAUCUAUGAAAUUUUGUUCAUGAGUCUAUAUCAAGCUGAAGUUGUUUAUUUUGCUCACAUCAGUGAAGUUGAGAGUUGAAGAAACCUGGUCAGGGAACUUUUUUCCACAUAGUCUUCGAAGUCCACAGACCUGCACCACACAUGUGCAGGCGGCCCAGGUUAGAGUCCAUCCUUUGGCUCCUGGACUGCAUGACACAUUUCUUUCCUGCUUCCUGCUCUGCUUCUGUCCUUUCCUCUGUCAAUAAAAAGCCAGAAAAGCUCAAAAGUAAAA